AUGAAGUACAUAAUUGAGCACAUGGAACCCGAAUUUUCCGAGUGGGUGGUGCUUGAAUAUACUCAGAUAAUCAAGGAUGUGGGUAAGGAAAACUUGGUCUUAACUUCUCUACCCGCAAAUACCACUGAGAAAGAUAUCCCCCAGCAACUUUUAGACUUGGGUUUGCAAUGGACUACACAAGAAUGUAUUCAAAUUGAUAACGGCUUGGACCACUCUCGGGUGUGCCUUCUUGAUCCAGCAGCAGAAACAGACUUGGUACCUAAUGACCAGCAAAAGUUCGAUUAUUUUGUGUUUGGAGGGAUCUUGGGAUCUCAUCCUAGAAUUGACAGAACUGGAUUGCUCAGAGAUAAGUAUGGAUUUUCUGGUAGAAGGCUCGGUGAGCUUCAAAUGACAACCGACACCGCUGUACGUACCACACAGAGAAUCGUCGACAAACAAGUUAAGUUUGAAGAUAUCAAGUUCAUCGAUUACCCCGAAAUCAAGUUCAACAGGUACGAGUCUACAGAAAUGCCCUUCAGGUAUAUUCUCGACGACACCAAUACGCCCAUAUUACCCAAAGGAAUGUUGAAGUUGAUCGAAAACGAUUGUGAUAAAGGUAUAGAUGACUUUUAA